AUGGACAUCAUGAAACCCUACUACCCCUGCUACCAGCACACCUGGUCAGACGCCCAGUACCCUCCGAUGGCCCCCUACUUCCCCCAGCUCGACGCCCAGCGCCUAGGCGCCAAGUCCCGGACAAGCGAUGUCGAAGAGAUUUACGACGUCAAUACGUACGACAGUUUCGUAUCAACUAGUAGCGAUUUCGUCGAUCUGGGUUCGUUAACGGAAGAAGAGAAAUGUCAUUACGGCAAUUUUAAUUUUUUUACGUUGAAAAGAAGCGAGUUCAAUAAUGAAGAUGAAAAAAGAACAACGGUGGUGCUUAAUCAGGAUAGAAAAAGCUCGAGAGGUAGGCGGAAAAUCAUGGUCAGGGACCGUCCCGCUUCGCCCACCAUCAUGAAAAAACGAAGAUUGGCAGCGAAUGCAAGAGAAAGACGAAGAAUGAAUGGAUUGAACGAAGCAUUUGAUAGAUUAAGAGAAGUUAUACCAAGUCUAGAUGCGGAACAGAAACUUAGCAAAUUCGAAACCCUUCAAAUGGCUCAAACCUACAUUUCAGCAUUAAGGGAAUUGUUGGAAAGAAGCGAGAUAGAUGAUAGAUAA